CAAAAUUAUCAUCCAGAAUUCAUAAACCCCAAUUCUUCUUACAAAACCCUUUUAGUUAUUGUUUUUGUUUGAACUUUCAACCAAAUCUCCACGAAAACCCAGGAAAUGAGUGGUUUGCAAGGUAAAUGGAAACGCCAAGAUUUGGCUUUAGCAGUGUCUGCGUCUCUCACAAAUGAAGAGCGCAUUGUCUAUAACAUCAUUCGUGCGAAGAAAGACAUGGGGAUAUGGUCUGGAGACAUCAAACGAGAAAUGAACCUCCCUGAGACCGUGUUCAAGAAAUCCCUUAAGUUGCUUCAAUCCAAGAGUCUCAUCAAGGAAGUUGUUAACAUCCGGAACAAAUCCAGGAAGCUUUUCAUGGCAGCAGAGUUUGAACCCUCCAAUGAGAUCACUGGUGGGGAGUGGUACAGUGAAGGCAAGCUUGACAGUGAGUUCAUCACCCAUCUUACAAGUGUUUGCCUGAAGUCCAUUUUCCAGCUGAAAGUUGCCACUUGUGAUGGAAUAUUGGAGUGGACCAGAAAGACAAGGAUCUUCCCCGUUGAAGUCACAAAACAGCAAGUAGAACAGAUUUUGAGGAUUUUGGUUAUGGAUGAUAAGAUCCUAGAGGUGAAGAGCACUGGGUUUGGGGAUUUUGCAUCUAUUCCUGAUGGUAGAGUUUGUUAUAGAUUGAAAAGCAAAGGCGGUGUUAUAGAUGGUGCCAUGGCUUCCAUUCCUUGUGGGGUUUGUCCUCGGAUAAAAUUUUGUGCACCAAAUGGUGUUGUCUCCCCAACAACCUGUGUCUAUUAUCAGAAAUGGUUGGACUUCUAAAUGAGCCACAUUCUUAUUUUUGAAUUUUAAA